UCCCCUCAAAAAAAAAAAAAAAAAAAAAAAUUCUUCUCUCGUUUCUGGUUGUCAAGAGAGGAAAAGGAACUUUAGGUUUGGUGUUUAGCUCUAAAAAUAGUUCAGAAACCCUCAGAAGUUAACAUCCAUCUUCAUCUUCUUCCCUUCAAUCCCCACUCUCAAAACCUGCAAUUCCUUGUUAAAAAACCAUGUCGCUGAGAAGAUUACUGAAUCAUCAUCGCACAUCUCUCUAUCUCCUUCACCAUUGUCGUAAUCUCUCUCACAUCUCCCAUUCUCACUCCCAUCCCCCUCUCUUCACCCCUUCCUUCACCCAACAUCCCACUUUACCUUCUACCCAUUUUCUCAAAGAAUGUCGUCGUAGUUUUGCCAAAGGACGCAAAUCAAGGGACGAUGAUGCUAGCGCGACUCAAGUUGUUGAAGACAUUGGGCCUGUUGUAAAGUCAACUGCUAAUUCACAGAUGGAGGCAGCCCUGGAUGCAUUAUCAAGAGAGCUAAUGAAGCUACGGACGGGAAGAGCAUCGACAGGAAUGCUUGACCACAUCAUUGUGGAAACUGGUGGAGUAAAGAUGAAUCUGAACAGAAUGGCUCUUGUUACCAUCAUUGACCCUAAAACUCUAUCAAUAACUCCUUAUGACCCAGAAACGAGUAAAGAAUUGGAGAAAGCCAUUGUUUCAUCUCCAUUAGGCUUAAAUCCAAAAUCUGAUGGUCAGCGACUGAUAGCUGCUGUUCCUCCAUUAACCAAGGAGCACAUACAGGCCAUGUGUAAGAUUGUUGCCAAAUCAAGUGAAGAUGUCAAGCAAAGCAUUAGAAGAGCUCGCCAAAAGGCAUUGGAUACUAUAAAGAAAGCUGGUUAUCCUAAAGACGGUGCCAAAAAAUUGGAGAAAGAAAUUGAUGAAUUGACUAAGAAGUUUGUCAAGUCUGCUGAGGAUAUGUGCAAAGCAAAGGAGAAGGAGAUAUCUUCAGCCUAAAAAGUAUCAUAAGAUCACCAUGUUUUAUGCAAUUUGCUUUAUACAGUGCUUGAAUCAGAUGGUAUUGCUUUUUAAGGAUGCAGAGAUUCAACUUCAUUAUACAUUGCACAGAAAACAGUAGCUUCAUGUGUUCUCAUAGUUGUGAUGACUUAAGGAAACUUGAUAAAGCUUUUUGUGGAACAUGUUCGAAUAAUAUUAUUAGAAAUUUUAAGCUUUUUUUUUU